CAGUAGCAGCCGACAUAAUUUGCACAUUGUAGUGUUCUCAUUGUUACCCAAUGCCACGCCGCCGACGUCGCGAUAACAGGUAGGGCCCCGGGCCCAGCUCGGAGGCCGUAAGGGCGAGGAACCAGUGCUUCGCACGUAAUGGAAGACCUUGAAAAGUACGCCAAGUCGUUCGCCCGGGCUAUCCCUGCCGUCCAAUUUGUGGAGAUCCUCCUGGCCGGUCGCAAGACCGCGCCGCAGUGUCGCGACGCCCUAAAAUACUGGAAUUACAAGGAUGGGUGGGACCUGCCAAUCAGGAAGCUGGCAGCAGGGCGUGCGGCGCUGGCUGUGGAAAACGCCUGUCCAGCUUCGUGCGCUGGCUGCGCGGUGCGUCCAAGCUGGCGCCGACGCCAACGAAGUUGCAGCUGCAACGGAGCGGAUUGCCCCUCUCCUUCAGCAGCCCCCGCCAGCUCCAGCAGCACAAGUGACAGCAGCGCCCCCAUGAGCGCCGGCGGGUUCCGAGGGCUUGAAUCGACAGGCAUGUGCCAGACGAGUAGUACCCCUGCCAUGCGUGUUUCCCCAUGUCGCAUUUCUUGCAGUAUUCACAAUAGCCAUGCCAACUUAUCACGGCCGACACCGAGCAGGCGAGCACCAGCAGGAAUUUCCGACUCACAGGAUCCAUCCCCGAUCCAGUUCCAAACUCACAUCAAGGACUCCUUGCAGCGGUCAGACAGGGCCGCCUCGGCUGCCGCCUCCUCAGCGGCAGUCAGCGGCCAGGACCUGCUGCUGACCGCGGAGCUGGCGAUGUUCCCAUACCUGUUCCCUUUUGGCUCCGGUGCAUUUGGCGGGUCAGCCAUGGCGUUCAGUGAGUACCUGCAGUUCCGCGCCCGCUGCUUCCUGUCAGUGUGGACUCUCGUACAGCCAUACCUGCUGCUCAUGUUCGCUGUGCGAAGCACUACUCAGCUGUACGGCGGCCACCGCACCAAGGUGGUGCUUGAGCGCGCCAUUGCUGACUACCGGAAGCGGCAUCCUGACGCCAGUGACGCCAAGCUCAUCAAGCACAUCAUCAAGUACAGCCUCCCGUCUACCAUGCCCAACACGCCGUCCUGGCACCGCCGCAACCUUCAAGACCUGCUGGCGCUGGUGGACCGGUGGGGCCUGCCCACCCACUUCCUCACGCUCACCGCCGACGAGUUCUCCACGUCUCGCUGGGAGGAGGUGGAAACUCUGGAGGACAUGGUCCGCAAAUUCUGCAGUGGCGCCACCUGGCGCGAUGCUCCCGCCGAGAAUGCCUACCUGUUUCACCGUCGUGUCCAAAUGUUCAUGCGUGAGAUCCUACGCGUGCGCCGGGGCAGCAAAGCCAGUGGCAAGGGCGAGAGUGGCGUGCUGGGCCGCGUCCAGCACAAUGUGACGCGCUACGAAGUGCAGGGCCGCCAGUCCCUCCACGCCCACAUCCUGCUGUGGGUGCAUCCUGACGAUGUGGACCGUGUCUCGUCGGAGAUCGUUGCGUGCGUCCCUGCCAAGUACAUAGGCAAGGACGGCGUGUGUGAUGAGCACAACCCCAACUGCCCAAACAGCCGCGAGUGCUGGGAGCCCCCCAGCGACGACCCGCACGCCCUCUCCCUCUUCGACCACGUGAUGAGCAAGCAGGUCCACUUCUGCACGCCCAUCAAGCGUCCCGGCUGUCGCAAGCACGGCACCUGCCGCUACGGCUUUCCCUGGAAGCCGCAUGACUCGCCAGUCCCCAUCGUGGACCCAGCCACUCGGCGCUACGUCUACUACCGGCCCAGCUGGGCCCACCGCAACGUCUCACCGUACCAUCCCACGGUGGCCCUGCUGUGGGGCGCACACAUGAACCUGCAGCGCAUCACUUCAUCGGACUGGAGCUUCUACGUGCUCAAGUACGCCAUGAAGACCGAGCCAUGCGGCAACCUGAACCUGAAUGCCGCCAGCCGCAUCGCGCUGGGGCUGCCCGAGGACCAGCCGGGCGCUGCGUUUGGCGCCACGUACCUUGUCAAGGUCAUCUCGGCCUACCUCACCUCCACCGCCCUCAGUCCCACGCUUGCCUUCCUGGGCUGCGCCCAAAUCAAUACGGUGUUCAUGUCCUCGGGCGUGGACUUUGUGUGCAGCGCCCCGCCCACCACACGCACGCGCACGGUCUUCCAAGGCGCGAAGCUGUGCGCCUGCCCCGUUGAUGUGUACUCGCUGCGCCCCACCAGCCUGGCGCACGUGACAUUCACGUCAUAUUUCCGUGAUUACCGCCUGGUGCCCGCCAAGGCGCCGCGGGGCGUGCGCGCUGGCAUGCCGCGUGCAGCAGCAGGCCUCACGGCUGUCACUGCUGCUGCAACGGCUGCCGCUGGCGGCCUGGCGGCCGUUGCUGCUGGCGGGCUGGGCGCCGCGGCUGCAAUCGGCGUCGCCACGGCGGCAGGGGCAGCAGGCGCAGCCGUUGCGGGGGCUGCGGCGCGCGCAGCAGGGGCGGCGGCGGCAACAGAGCGGGAUGGCCCCGUGCUGCGGCAGGCACCGCCGGGCGGGGAGUUGGUGGGCCAAACACAGGAUCGCCACUUCAACGUCUACAAGCUGAAGGAGCCUCGCAUCGUGCGGUUCUCCGACUACAACCCCGCCUCUGAUCCUGAGGGCUAUUUCUACAACCUCCUGCUGCAGCAGGUGCCCUUCACCAAGGAGUCCGAACUCAUCUCGGCGGCGAACGGCUCCCACACCUACUUUGAAGAAUGCCGGCUGCGCAGCCUGGUGCAGAACACCAGCGACCUGGAGGUGCACCUGCAGAGCUACGCCAACUACCACCUGUACAAUGCUCAGAGGCGUCAGGCGCUGCUGGCCGCGUUGCUGGGCAAGUACACGCCGUCUGAGGCCACCGACGAUGGAGACGAGCUCAACCCGGAGGCCGCCACCUUCACUGUCAACUACGGCGGGCUGCGCGACCCGCCGCAGGGUGCUGGCAACCCGCGCGGCGGCGGCGCGGCUGCACGUGUGGACUCGGCUGCUCUCCGGGCUGCUCUGGCGGCGGAGUUCGAGGACCUGGACGCCAUGCCUUACACGGACGCGCAGGCCGCCACCGUGGAGGCCAUCCUGCGCCACCGCGCCGGCGUCAUCGUGCUCACGGGCGGCCCGGGCAGCGGCAAGACCUUCACGACUAAGAAGCUGACGCGCCAGCUGCGGCAGAUGGGCAAGACUGUCAUGCUCACGGCUAGCACUGGCGCUGCCGCCGUGCGCCUCAGCGCCUUCGCAACCACCAACCACGGCGCCUUUGACCUGCCUUCCGGCAAUGUCGCCAUGAGGAGCUGGGUGCUGGGCAGCUCCGACGUGCACCCCAAGGCGGAGGCCCUGCGCGCGGCUGAUGUGUUCAUCAUCGACGAGUUCUCCAUGAUGACGGAUGCGCAGCUGACCCUCAUCCUCACCCGUAUCUUCCAUGCCUGCCAUUACGCCACCCUUGAUGAGAUGCUGGCUGACAAGCUGAUCAUCCUGGUCGGCGACCACGCUCAGCUGCCGCCCGUCUGCAACUGCGCCGCCAGGGCGGGCCACUCUGCGGCUGUGCUGCGGGCGGCGGCCCCUCAAGCCGCCGAUGCCGGGCCUGACCACCUACCGCUGUGUGAGUCGUGCCAUAUCGCGUCCAACCCCUUCUUCGGCCUGGCGCCCAAGUAUCGACUUCCCGCCUCGGUGCGCCACGCCAAGGACCCGGAGUUUGCGGCCUUCCUGGACAUCAUCCGCGUGCGCCCGCCCACGGCGGCUGAGCUUGAGGCCGUGUUUGGCCGGUGGAGCCCCGCCACGACGCUGACGCCUGCCAGCCCGGACCCCGCCGCCUGCAGCCCCUACUACAUCUCAGAGGACAUGGUGGCACUCCUGUCCAAUGAGCGCACCACAGUGCUGUGCACGCACGUGGAGGACGCCAAGUCCUACAACCACGCCAUCCUUGAGCGCUUGGCCGCGACCGGCGCGGUGGGCAGCGUGGAGCCCUGCCCACUGCAGCACGAUGUUCCGGCGCGCUCGGUGGCAGAGGCAGGCCUGGAGAACUGGCUGCGCGACCCGUCCUUCAGAACAAUCGAGCAGGUGGCCGUGGGCGCGCGCGUGGUGCUGGUGGAGAACUGCGACCUGCACAAGGGCGCCGCCAAUGGUGCGGCGGGUGUUGUCACGCAGCUAAGCUAUGAGACGCGCGAUGACGGCCUGCGGCAGGUAUCCGGAGUCAAGGUGCGGCUGACGGACAGCGGCAAGAGCCUGUGGGUUGGGCGGCGCACCAGCGAGUACAACUGGUUCAGCGGCGUCAAGUACAGCAAGCACGCCUUGCCGCUCACGCUCGGCUGGGCCAUCACCGCCCACCGCUCUCAGGGUGCGACGCUCACCGACGGCACCAUCAUCCACGCACGCAGUGUGUUUACGCCCGGCCAGCUGUAUGUCAUGCUCUCACGCGUUACAGAGCGGCGGCUGCUGCGCCUGGUCGGCCCCCUCCGGCCCGACCUGUUCACACCGGUCCGCCUGCCUAACUUUGUCCAAAUCGACGCUCUGGCAGAGAAGCAGCGCGCAUUGCAGGCUGCUGCAUUUGCGGCGGCCGCGACCGCUGUGUUGGUGGCCACCGCCACGCACCCUCCGGUGGCACCUGCUAUGGAGCCAACGGCCCUUGACGGCCUGGACUAGGGACUGGGCACCUGGGCGCCCGGUCGGUUCCUCACCCUGCCAUCACCUUUCCUUCAUUGUGAUUUGAUUGUUUCAUGCCCAUGUGCGGGCAAUGCAAGGACAUACCUGACAGCUGUUGCAUUGGUCCACGGUAGGACUGCCUUGGACUUCACGCUGGUGUGCAUGCCAAAGACUCCAUACCUGCAGUACGCAUGUUCCUGCCUUGCUGUGGUGGGUUACGCAACGCGCUGUUUUUUUUAAUGCCUAGGGUCGCGCUUGACCGACGCUGGUGGGCUCACUUGAUUGGCCUGGUGAUGCCUGGCGCCAGCUUUGCAGCUGUGCAGCAUGUGCGUCACACCUAUUGUGUUCACCAUUAACCGUCGCUGUAUCACCUCGCUGUCAUGGGAAGAUCGCGAGACUCGGCCUCCAUCACAACCUACCGGCGGUGCGCAUUUCGGCACCCGACCGGCCGACCUCACUCCCUUCAGCGCUGACCUCCUGAGGCCUAGUCCGGCAGCCUGUGUAAAAAUUGCAUUUU